GUCCCCUUUAUUACAAGGGUCUGAACUGGGGACGAGAAACAGGGUUUUCUUCUAUCCUAUCUGCUUUCGGCAAACUUCACAUCAUUGAGGAACAUAAUUCGGUGAGCAAGCCGGGAAGCUGCCGUGAUAAAAAAAUGAAGCUCGCUUUGGCAUGGCUUUGCUGGGACUACCGUAUGAGAAAAUAUAUUCACUUUUUUCUUCUUCAUCCCUUGCAAAUUGUGAAAUUUACACUCGACUGCUGUUACUCGAGUAGAAUAUCGCUCAUGUGGUCGUGAUUUUCAUUCCUUAUUUUCUUUUUCCCCUCUCAUUUCUCCUCAUUUAACUGCAGCCCGCAUCACAAAUUUCAUCAUACUGGCUUUGAAUUGUAGCUUAGAUUGGGGAGAGAUGCGGAGUCUGGACGAGGUUGAAAUUUCUCGGUACUCGAGUAGACGUGCCACGGACGGAGGCUUCCAUAUACCGAUACUCGAGUAUGUAGAAAGCGGGCGUCCGCCUUCUGCAGUCGCUGUCGUACCUAGUCACGCUCCCUUGGUUCGUCGUUUCUUUUCUGCCUUCCCCACAAGCAUCCUCCGUGAACUGGCUGCACACAGCGAAAAGAUAACCGAGCAUGGUUUUAUGGAUUCAGUAUUUCCCUUUCAUCGAUGUGUUCUUGACGUGGUUCCAACCAGGGCCUAAAUGCAGAAAGCCCCAGAACUUCCUAGUUUGUUUAACCGGGUCGAUGGUCGAGGCUCCAAAGCUUUCUUUCGUGCGCUUCACCGCACCCACUGUCGCACCUUUUUUUGGGGGGGCGUUGAUGGUCGAAGGAAGGGGUGGUUAGUUAGCACACUAUUAACAAGCCUGGUGUAGUCGAUUGGCACCGUUUACCGCUUUCCGGAAGGGUCUCGACCGGAAUACCAACGAGGAUAGGAGGCACAGGAAAUGAUAACUAAUAGGUCCAGACACGCAGAGAUUUUUUUUCUCGGGUGGCUAACAUUGGAGAGGGGGCCGAAAGGUUGUCCGAAUGAUAGGGCACCGUAGCACGGCAAUCUACUGGGAAAACGCUCACCAGAAGGAGUAGCAGCAAGCACUAGCGAAGAUGGAGGGUAGUAAAGGAAAAUAAAGAGUGCACGGGAAGGAGGGAAGGAAUAGCGCCAGGCAGCUCCACCACCACCACCACUACCAACCCCAGGCAUCCUAUUUGCAGCUUGCGACAGGCCCGGAAUCGCCCUACCUUCCCUCAAUAACAUUCAUUCCUGUAGCGCCACCACAUGCUACGUAGCUCUGUUUCGUGCUUUCUAGGACAUACUGACCACACACCUUACUACGGGGGGCUGACUCUCCCUGUACCUCUUGGGCGCUAUAUAUAUCCACCACUUUUCCUCCCUCCUUCCAUCCUCCUUGCUUCGCCCACUUCAUCCACUUCAUCGUUCAUCCACUCCUCCGAUCACCACCAACAUUACCUAUAACAAAGCUGCCAUCGUUACACUCAACGUACCCCGAUUCAUCAGAAAUCAUCUAUAAAGAUCAUCCUUCAAGCUCUUUGAUUGAACAAAAUGCAGAUCUUUGUUAAGACUCUUACUGGAAAGACCAUUACCCUCGAGGUCGAGUCAUCAGAUACCAUCGAUAACGUGAAGAGCAAGAUUCAGGAUAAAGAAGGAAUUCCCCCAGAUCAACAACGUCUCAUCUUCGCUGGAAAGCAACUUGAAGACGGUCGGACUUUGUCUGAUUACAAUAUCCAAAAAGAAUCUACUCUUCACUUGGUUUUGCGGCUGCGCGGAGGAAUGCAGAUUUUCGUGAAGACUUUGACCGGGAAGACCAUCACCUUGGAGGAGGGGAUCCCUCCGGAUCAGCAGAGGUUGAUAUUUGCUGGGAAGCAACUCGAAGAUGGAAGAACAUUAUCGGAUUACAACAUUCAAAAGGAGUCGACCCUACAUCUUGUUCUCCGAUUAAGAGGUGGCGCGCCGAAGAAGAAGAUCUGCAAUUUCAAGGAGUGUACUACUCCUGCGCAGCGCAUCGUUGGCGACUGCAGAUUUUGCGAUGGACAUUACUGUGGCAAGCACCGUCUGUUGGAGGAUCACAAGUGUAGCGGCUUGGAGGACUGCAGGAAGGAAUCGCACGACCGGAAUGCGAUCAAACUGAACUCCGAGAGGACUGUGGUUGGCAAAGUUUAGGCGGGUCAUAACCAUAGGCCCAGUUUGAUUUUCAUUUUGACAAUUUGUUUUCUUGUGUUCUAGCUAGUGCAGAAGUGUCGGUUUUACAUUUCAGGGAGGAACGGUCCAGAUACCCAGCAUCUCCGAAGCGCUUUUAUUUUAUCCCCAUAACUUGUACAUUUAUGUUUUUUCUUUUUUUCUUUUCUGUAUUACGUUACGAUUCGGACAUGUUUGCGACGGUCGGGAGGGGGUCGGGGUUUGUUUUUUCCUCGAAUUUAGCGGUAUUCUAAA